CUAAGGGCCCUUUAGGGGGUAACUAGGGAGGAGGAGCUAUAUAAAAGAUGGCCCAUGUUCACCUACUGGGCUGAAGAGCCUCCAGAGCAGCUUCUUCCAAUCCCAGGGGUCUCCACACACUCAGACUACACAGACAGUGAAAAUGGUAUCAAGCUUGUUGGCUUCCAUCUCUAUUUCGGAGCUGCUCUUGGCUUCUGUUAUCUUCUGCCUGGUCUUCUGGGUCACUAGGUCUUCCCAUCAAAGGGUACCUAAGGGACUCAAAAGCCCACCUGGACCCUGGGCUUGGCCUCUGUUUGGUAAUGUAUGGACUCUGGGGAAGAAUCCCCACUUGACCUUAGCCCAACUGAGUGAGAAGUAUGGGGAUGUGAUGAAGAUUCAUAUUGGUUCUACCCCUGUGAUUGUGCUGAGUGGCCUGGAAACCAUCCGGCAGGCCCUGGUGAAGCAGGGGGAGGACUUCAAGGGGAGACCUGACCUUUACAGCUCCACCUUUGUUGCAGAUGGUUACAGCCUGGCCUUCAACCCCGACUCAGGGGAAGUAUGGGCAGUUCGGAGGAAGCUGGCCCAGAAUGCUCUUAAUACCUUCUCUGUGUCCUCUUCUCCAUCCUCUUCCUCCUGCUACCUGGAGGAGCAUGUGAACAAGGAGGUUAAACAUUUGAUCCAGAAAUUCCAGGAGCUGAUGGAGGGGGUAGGAUGCUUUGACCCCUACAGGCAUAUAGUAGCAUCUGUGGCCAACGUCAUCAGUGCCAUGUGUUUUAGCCAACGCUAUGAGGACCACAAGAACCCAGAAUUUACGACUCUUAUUAACGCAAGCCAUGAGUUUGUUGAGAGUGCCACCUCAGGCAACCCAGUUGACUUCUUCCCCAUCCUUCGCUACAUCCCAAAUCCUCAGUUGCAGAGGUUCAAAGAGUUCAACCAGAGGUUCCUAAAAUUCUUGCAGAAUACCAUUCGUGAGCAUCACAAGGCCUUUGAUGAGAACAAUAUUCAAGACAUCACUGGGGCUCUGUACAAACACAGCCAAGAUAAGGCUUUUGGGAACACCAGCUCCAGUGUGCCAGAAAUGCUGAUCAUCAAUCUCAUCAAUGACAUCUUUGGAGCGGGCUUUGAUACAGUCACCACGGCCAUCUCCUGGAGUCUCAUGUACCUGGUGACAAACCCUAAGGUCCAGAAGAAGAUCCAGCAGGAGUUGGACACAGUGAUUGGAAGAGAUCGAUGGCCCCUACUCUCAGACAGACCUCAGCUGCCUUUCAUGGAGGCCUUUAUCCUGGAAAUCUUCAGACAUACCUCCUUUGUCCCUUUCACCAUUCCCCACAGCACAACGAGAGCCACAACACUAAACAACUUCUAUAUCCCCAAGGGGACCUGUGUUUUUGUGAACCAGUGGCAGACUAACCAUGACCCGAAACUAUGGGAGGACCCAUCGGUGUUCCGGCCAGAGAGAUUCCUCAGUGCAGAUGGAACUGUCAACAAGGCCCUGAGUGAGAAGGUGAUUUUGUUUGGCCUGGGAAAAAGAAGAUGCAUCGGGGAGACCAUUGCCCGGUGGGAAGUCUUCCUCUUCCUGGCCAUCCUGCUGCAUCAGAUAGAGUUCAGUGUCCCUUCUGGUGUGAAGGUGGAUAUGACCCCAACUUAUGGACUGACCAUGAAACAUCCCCGUUGUGAGCACUUCCAGGCCCGGCCACGCUUCUCCAGGAAGGGCUGAGAAGCCCAUUUGCCAAGGCUGGGGUAUGGGCUCCUCUCCUUCAGUUUUCUCUCAGUUCAUUCUUACUGGGGCAAGCUUGGAUGUGUGAGCGCACACACACACACACACACACACACACACAUUGCUUCUCUAACUCAUUUUCAUUUCUUCUAUGAUUCAAAUCCAUUCAUUCUUGGAGGGGGACGGUCUUUUCCCCAAAUCUUCUAUAGAAUAUCUGACAAGUCACCCCAAGCCUUUGCCAAAAGUGCUUCAAUUUGGGGGCACCCACCUUCUUCCAGAGCAAAGGCAGCUCACUCCACAUUUGGACUACUUUCACUCUUGGAAAGUUCUUUCGUAUAUCAAGUCUAUAUUUGUCUCUUUGCAUCUAAUUUCUGCCACUUGGGGCCAAGCAAGUCAAUCUAAUCCAUCUUCCAUAUGAAAUCCCCGAAAAUAUUUAGAGAAAACUAUCAUGCCUCUGUUGAACUGUCUUUUUUUCAGACUAAUUAUCCCUCAUUCCUUGUACUAAUCCUCCUAUGGCCAAAACCCCAAGACUUUUCACCUGGUUUUUCUCCUUGAGACACUGUCCAGCUCCUCAAUGUUGUACCUAAAAUAUGGCACCCAGAAUAGGACACAGAUCCCCAGAUGUGGUCUGACUAGGGCCCAAUCCAGAUGUUCCAUCAUCUACCAUGGAGCUAGCUUUGCGGCUAUAUAUUUGCAUUGUUAACUUGUAUUAAGCUCAUAAUUCACAAAGACACCGCAGAUUAUUUGCACGCACACUACUUUCUUGCCGUGUCUCUCCAACAUGGUACUUGGGAAGCUGGUUUGGAAUCCAUGUGGAAGCAUGUGGAAGCCUUAGCAUUUAUCUCCAUUAAUGUCAUCUUGCUCAGGUUGGACCAAUGUUCUUAUCCACCACCAAUCGUGUUAGCUACCCCUUACCAUCUUUGAGCAUCUACAAAUUUUAUAAGCAUGAUAUUAAAUGCUUUUAUCCAAGUCACUGAGAGAAAUGUAAAAUGUCAACUUCAUGUAUAGACCCAUAUUAUACCCUGUGGGAGACAAGAUACCUUGGAAACAUUAAUGACUAUUCUUUGGAUGCCACUACACAAUUAAUUCCAAAUCCAUCUAAUUAUACUAUCAUUUAGUCAGAGGUGAGCUGGAAAAUGUUUAACAACCAGCUCUAGGGAAGGGGGAAUAUAUUCAUGUUACACUUCUUUGUUUAAACUGCAUAAUUAGGGGGCAGCUGGGUAGCUCAGUGGAUUGAGAGCCAGGCCUAGAGACAGGAGGUCCUGAGUUCAAAUCUGGCCUCAGACACUUCCCAGCUGGGUGACCCUGGGCAAGUCACUUGGCCCCUAUUGCCUAGCCCUUACCACUCUUCUGCCUUGGAGCCAAUAUGGAAGGUAAGGGUUUAAAAAAAAAUAAACUGCAUAAUUAACAUUUUCUCUAUCCCUUCCUAAGUCUAAACAAUCCACAAAACAAUAAAUCAAGCCCUGAUUUGUAGUA